UGUCAGCUCUGACCUCAGUCUCUCUGUUACUUCCGCGUUAGCCGACUACCCGAAUACACCUGUGUUUUGUAGGUGCGGCAUAGUGCACCUGACUCGAUCCGCGCAACUAGGUGUCCUAGUCGUCAUGAGUGCAGAGGAGGAUAAAUGUGAUUUAAUACCGGUGUCUUUACUGGACGAUGGCCCUGACACCGGGGAUGGUGACAGUUUUAAAAACGUUAAAAUAGAAUUUCAACAACCCAUUUUUUCCGCUUUGAAUACAAGUGGACUUCAGCAGAGCGGAACUAACCCAGGCAAAGAAGGAGUCACAGCGGUGUCCGGCGCCUCGAGCCCUUCAGUCGUGACCACCUCCGACUCAGAAUCGGGAAUAUUCUCCAGUGAAUCUGAACUGUGCGUGGAACACGACUCUGAACUCGACUCGUUUUGCUGCACCGAGCAGAAAGUCGUAUGCUCGCAAUGUCCUGUCGUGGGGUCUUGCCAGGGCCACACGGUAACUCGACUGGCCAGCAGAGCAACCGUAGUACGGAACCAGCUGGUGGAUGUGUGUGAGCAGAUACAGCUGCAGGCCCUGAGGAUCGAGCGCUUCAUCACACACACUCUGAGCAGUAAGGAGCGCACCCUGCAGCUGGAGGCGGCGGGGGCGCGGGAGCGAGUGGUGUCCCAGGGCAGCGCGGUGCGGGAGGCAGUGGAGGAGGAGGAGCAGAGGCUGCUGGAGGAGGUGCAGACGGAGCAGGAGAGGGUGGAGCAGUGUCUCCUGACCCAGAGAGCCCACUGGAGCCAGGCCAUGGCCAUGCUCACCAGCACACGAGCACGCCUGGUGCACACCCUCACACACUCACCUGACACGCUGCUAGUGUCAGCAGGCUCAGAAAUAGCUGAAAGGGUGGAGGAGGCGGAGGGCGUGGGGGAGCCGUGUGACACGGAGCAGCUGUCUCUGCCCUCAGGCUGUGGGGCCAGCAGGCUGAUGAGGGGCCUGUGGGCCAGCGCCCUGCUGCUGGGGCCCUCUGCUCACGGUUCAGCCAACCUGACAUUUAACGAGCGCACCGUAAGCCCUCUGCUCUCCCUCUCUGAUGACCUUUGCACCCUGACCUUCCUGCCCAAGCGGGCCCGCCAGUCCCCGCCCUACGACCCCGCUCGUUUCGACUGCUGGCCCAACGCCCUGGGCUCCCUCUCCCUGUCCUCUGGGACCCACAGCUGGGUGCUGGACGUGGGGCAGAGCGCUGCCUUCAAGGUGGGCGUGUGCUACGCCAGCGUGGAGCGCAAGGGCUCCGGGAAGGAGGCUCGCCUGGGCUACAACGCCCAGUCCUGGGUCCUGUCUCACUACGACGGAGACUUUUCCUUCUGCCACGCGGGGAAGAGCACCGCCCUGCUGGUGGCACGCAGGCCCAGCACCAUCGGCCUGCUGCUGGACUGGCCCAGCCAGACGCUGAUGUUCUACGACCCAGAAUCCUUUGCGGUUUUGCACUCUGUCAGACACACGUUCAGCGCGCCUCUCCUGCCCGCCUGCGCUGUGGCCGACCGCAGCAUCACCAUCCUGCACUGAGUGCGCGCCAGCAACGCUGCCACCUGCUGGUCACUACUGGUCACUGAGUGCAUACCAGCAAUGCUGCUACCUGCUGGUCACUACUGGUUUGGAAGGAAAAUAACUGGGUUUCUGAUUGUUAAAAUAGAAUGAAGUUAAAUACACUUGACUUACUUGUUGUUGAAAACGCUUGUUGUUGUAAAAGCUUCUUUUAAUACAUUUUGUCAUCUGGUUUUCACUGAAUGCAAUCUGAAAUCCAUAGUGAUGGAAUUAGUCUAAUAUUUUAUUUAUCAUAGGACCUUAAUCUGAAAUAAUGAAAUUUUUCAAGAUUUUCUGUAUGUCUGUUGAUCAAAUUUUACAGUAGUCCUCUGUAGCUCUGUCCAUAAAUAUAUUUGGCAAAAUAUUGUAUAUUUACAAUUAUAUAUUUCCUGUAAUUUAUAUACUUUGUAUUUUUAUAAUCUGUAAAUCAAUAUUUUACUACAUGUUUUUUUUUUCAUGUCUGAAACUUUUGAAAGCUAAAUAUUUAACUGGUUGAUCCAGUGAAACAGUAUAAUGUGUUUCAGACAGUAGAUCCCAUUUAGUGUAUUGCUAUGGACAUCAUAGAAUGUUUUCCCAUUUGGAUAUUAAAUCAAUAUCAUUUCAGUCAACACAA